GGAAGUGCUUAAAUAAAGGUUUAUACAGCCAUACAGUUUAAAUAUAGCUGUCAGACUUGAUGACAUGUAAUGUUUCACUGUGCAAGUAUAUGAUGAGAGAUCUAUUCCCAUGGAGCUGGAAGGAUUUUUGCUUUUGCUUUUCUACUUUGAGGCAGUUGGUAUGAUAUGUAACCGUGGUAACAAGGUAUGUUUUUUGUUUUUUGUUUUUUUUUUACAACCAGGAGCAACAGAUAAGUAUCUCAAAAGCUCACAUAAAGUCUCUUUGGAAUAUAUAAAGUGUUUCUGAAUUAAAUUGUAGGUCUGUAUGUGCAGACCUACAAUCUGCUCUCUGGUGUUAAGUGUUUCUUAAGAAAAUAUGAGAUUGUGACAUUUUCAAAAACACUUGUUUUGCCACGCCCCUUUCUGUUUCUGUAGCCAACCAUGUGGCUCUUGCUCUUUCUCGCCAGGAUGAAUAUCAACAGGCGAAAAAGAGCAUCUAUUGCCCCUUUUCCCUCCUCCCCUCCUCCCCGGCUCCUCUCCUCUGCCCAGCAGCUGUUUCCAGCUUCUUUCACACUCAGCGCCGCGGAGAGCACAUCCGCGGCUCAGCUGAAGGAUGGGAGCAAUCACCAGUAACGCUCACAUUUAAUUUUCACCUUAUAUAACUGGUCGGGGUCAGGGUGAGGCGAUCGGCAGCGUCUGGCUCAUUUCUGCCGCUCAACCAGGAGGGAGGCCGGAGCAGAAGUUCAACCAGAGCAGAAGCCACUUUCCUUUUCAUCAUGUUCACCAAAGCGAAGUUAUGACUUUAUUCAACGAGUCCGAAGAGGCCACCUCUCCCCCCGCUCCCCUCUCCUCCCUUAGGAACAAUUUCUCAGCCUUUUUCACACCUGACGCCUCUUAUUCCCCUGCAUCCUAUCCCACCUCCUCCUCCUCUUCCUCCCUGCUGACAUCCUCCAACUGCACCGACUCUUCAACGUCUUCCUCACCACCGUACAACUUCUACGCUGUGCUGUUAGUCCUUCUAAUCUUUUGUGUGGUGUUUGGCAAUGUGCUGGUGUGUGUGGCUGUGUCUCGGGAGCGUGCCCUGCAGACCACCACCAACUACCUCAUUGUCUCCCUGGCCGUGUCCGAUCUGCUGCUGGCAACCCUCGUCAUGCCUUGGGGUGUUUACCUGGAGGUGGUUGGGGAGUGGCGCUUCAGUCUAAUCCACUGUGACAUCCUGCUCACUCUGGACGUCAUGAUGUGCACCGCCAGCAUCCUCAACCUGUGCGCCAUCAGCAUCGACAGAUACACAGCAGUAGCCAUGCCACUGCUCUACAACACCAGAUACAGCUCCAGGAGGCGGGUGGCUGUGAUGAUCACCGUGGUGUGGUUUCUCUCUUUUGCCAUCUCCUGCCCUUUGUUGUUUGGACUGAACAAUACAGCCAGCCGGGAAGGCACCACAUGCAGCUUCGCAGACCCGGCGUUCGUAGUCUACUCCUCCGUCGCAUCUUUCUAUGUGCCAUUUAUCGUAACACUGUUGGUGUACGCCCAGAUCUGCGUGGUGCUGCGUAAGCGUGGCAGACGCACUGCCCCACCGCGCAAACACGGCCUGCUGACACAAGGUGGUCCUGGAGCAGCAGAGAGUCGACAGCGGAAGAAUAAGUGCACACAACCAGAAGAUGUGAAACUGUGUACCCUGAUCCUUAGGCCUGCCACUGCAGGUCCUCAACGAAAGAAAGUGACCCUCGUGAAGGAGUCUGUGGUUCAUCCCCUCGAAGUGGAGCCGGGUCGGUUCCUACCACAGACGGAGCAGAAUCCACCGCCUCCCAACGCUCCACAGCCUUCCAAUCAUUCACUGCAGUCUAAGAUCUCACUCUCCAUCGCGGUAGGACCGGCCCCAGCUCUUCCCUCAACCGUGGCGCGAUCCGCUCUGACGCCCCGUCCCCCCACCCUCGAGGAUGGCAUGAGGGGCCGAGAGGGGUGGAGGGAGCGCAGCGGAGGCAGAGAGAAAUGGGGCACCACCAAGGAAAGGGUGAGAGGAAGGCUCUCACAGCAGAAGGAGCGGAAGGCAACACAGAUGCUGGCUAUUGUGCUGGGUGUGUUCAUCAUCUGCUGGCUGCCUUUCUUCCUGACCCAUGUGCUAAAGGCCCACUGCAGGAGCUGCUGCAUCUCACCUUCUCUGUACAGUGCCGUCACCUGGCUUGGAUAUCUCAAUAGUGCUGUAAACCCUGUCAUCUACACAACUUUCAACAUUGAAUUUCGCAAAGCCUUCAUCAAGAUCCUGCACUGCUAGCCAAGAUUAAAAAUGCAUCAGUUGUCAAAGUAAAUAAAUAAGAAAACACGUUGUGGGACUUGGGAAGAGAUUGCAAAGAUAAAAAUAUUCUGUGACAGUUUGAUUCUGAGAGGAACUGAGACUAUAAUCUGUGUGACUUGGAGUCAUAGUGAUAAAGAUUUUUUUGGAAGGAUUGAAAGGCCUCAGACAAUAUACUAAGCCACAGAGAGAAAACGAUGUCUAUGAAGCCAACGACGGCAGGCACCAAAUAUCCUUCAAAAGUAGUUUGUGACAAGUGGAAGACAGCAACGAGAAAAAUAACAAAGGUGGAGAUAUGUACAGUGAGACAAAUACUGUGCAAUGUGUCUAUUUUCUGUAAAGGGGAAUACGCUCAGACAGGUGAUCAUACUUCAUCAUUCUGACUCAGAUUCCACAUUUAUGGCUUUCAGUGCAACAGCACUGUUUCCUGAGUGCUCAAACCUUUGAUUUGUAUUUGACUGGUUCUGCUACAUUCACUUGUGAUCUCAACAAACCUUCUCUCAAUGUGUUUGCAUGUGCUGGCAUUUCUCACAUGACAGGAGCAAAUGAAAUGCACAAGAAAAAGGAAAUGAAAUCCUCCAAAUUUGGUUUUGUUUAAUUUUGUAUUGAUGAACCUAUACUUCCAUUUAAUAAAUAUGUGCUGUCAGUAACUGUUUUUAAUCCCAACCCUACUUCACUGCAUAAAUUGUGCCAUCUAUAAUUUCAAUAGAUUUUGUGUUGAACAUUGUGUAAAUAAAUAUUAUCAAUCAUUUGUCUCAUCUCUUUCAGCUUUGCUAUGGAGGAGAAAAAAACCCUUAGCCAAAAUGAACCAAGUUAUUCUUUGCUCCUUUUUCCUUCCAUAUGUACAUGGGAGGUUUCUGCACCUCCACCAUCACUUUCAACAUCACUGUGGAGGAGAAAACAUCCUCACUGCUUUCAUCAGCUUACCAGCUGCAUCAAGUGAUGUAAUUUUACACCAUUGUGGGUGUCCUUUUUAAAAAAAAAUCAUUUUAACUUUUAGUGAUUUGAAUGUCUCCACCUAUUUUGAUGAUGGCAGCUGAUGUGAAUCGUUCACACAAAAUCUGUGUAUGUGUGUUUUUUACUGAUCACUGUUAGCUGAUCAAACUGUGGCUCUGAAAUUGUGAAGUUGUUUCCAUAAGUCUUGCUGGAAUAAUUGUAAAAUUUUGCUUGACACCA